UCUUCUAAAGUUGUGCGCGGUCAAGACAAGGCCGCCAUAUUGAAAGGGAAGGACGGAAAAUAACAUAUUGCUGAAAAAAUGCCGAAUAAUCAUGGAAAGAAACUAUAAGCUGGGUAACUAACUAUACAUGUUAGUUACGUUAAAGGUUCCCAGAGUACAAUAAUGAAUGGACUUUCGUUUUCAGAGUUAUGUUGUUUAUUUUGUUGUCCACCUUGUCCGUCAGUAAUCGCUUCCAAAUUGGCUUUUCUUCCUCCGGAGCCAACGUACACAAUACAAGAACUCGGGGAUGGAACAUGGGCUCUUCAUUUAAGUGAAAGAGCUGAAUGGCAGUAUGGACAAAAAGAACUAGAUUGCAUUGAAGUGUUUCAGGCCAGAACUAAUAGAGGCAAUCGUAUAUCGUGUAUGUAUGUUCGUUGCUCCCCAACUGCCAAGUUUACAAUUUUGUUUAGUCAUGGCAAUGCUGUUGAUUUAGGACAAAUGAGUAGCUUUUAUAUUGGAUUAGGUACUAGAAUAAAUUGUAAUAUUUUUUCAUACGACUACUCUGGAUAUGGACAAAGUAGUGGAAAACCCACAGAGAAAAAUAUAUAUGCGGAUAUAGAUGCUGCUUGGCAUUCAUUGAGGACAAGAUAUGGAAUAAGUCCUGAAAGCAUAAUACUAUAUGGUCAAAGCAUUGGUACGGUACCAACAAUUGACUUAGCAUCUCGUUUUGAAUGUGCUGGAGUGAUACUACACUCUCCACUUAUGUCUGGAAUGAGGGUAGCUUUUCCGGAUACAAAGAAAACAUAUUGUUUUGAUGUCUUUCCAAGCAUCGAGAAAACACAAAAAAUCACUUCGUCAGUCCUUGUCAUACAUGGAACCGAGGAUGAAGUAAUCGAUUUCUCACAUGGCCUCGCUAUUUAUGAGAAAUCACCAAAAGCUGUUGAACCACUCUGGGUAGAAGGAGCUGGCCAUAAUGACGUUGAAUUAUACGGACAGUACUUGGAGAGACUGAAGCAGUUUGUGCAGUACGAUAUUGUCAAAGAAUGAUAACCGUCCACGCAUCUCUGUUUAUUACGAUCGGUACCGUAGAUUUAACCACAAUGUUUUCUCGUACCAGGAGCGCAUACCUGUAAACAAGAAUAUAGCUUUGACUGACAUUUGGUUGCAAUUAUUUCGUGCAUUGCUUUCUCCUCAUGUUACUAAAAAUCAAGUAAUAUUUUGCGGCAUUCUGCUUUGAAACUACUUUCAAUUUUCAGUAACCUUUGAUUUUCAGUCUAUUUCUUUUUUCAUCUGCAAGAAUCAUUUUUUUUCACUUGAAUAAGAGCUGUAGAUGGAGCAGUAUAUUUCUUACUUUGGCCUUGGCCAGCGAAUAUGCCGUUCAUUUGUGCGUUUAAAAAACAUUAGUUUAGAUUUUAAAGCGAUCUUUGAAAGUAAAGUCUCACUUGUAUACGUGCCUUCUCAGCUCGGGCUGUACAGAGAAUAAUUCAAAGUGGGCUAACUAUCGAAGUUUUUAAUCUACACUGUGUUGGUUGUACGGCGUUUCUGUAUUUAUUGAAAUUAUUUUUUACAUUAUAUAAAUAAGCAAUUGUUUAAUAAUUCAUUCACUGAUUAUAUUAGUAAUGUCACGUUUA